CUCCCCGGCCAUUUUUAUUUAUUCAAACUCACAACUCACAACUCCAAUCUCUCUCUUCUUUCUCUCUCCAAACGAUCAAAUUUCCUUCUUUUUUUGAAAGAGAAAAAAAUCUUGCGUGAAGGUGAAGUUUGGUAUAUUUAUCAGGAGGAUUAUUGUUUUUUCUUGGAGAUCAAAAUGGGGAAAAAUGAUCAACAACCAGUUCAAUCUGUUCUUCAUCUUCUUCGUAAACAAUCCCCACUUUCCCUCAAACAGGAGAAAUUUUGUAAUACAGCUUGUGUUGAGCGGUUUCUGAAGGCUAAAGGAGAUAAUGUGAAGAAAGCUGUUAAGAGCUUGAGAGCUUGUCUUUCUUGGAGAGAGACCAUUGGCAUUGACCAUCUCAUCGCCGAUGAAUUCUCCACUGAGCUGGCGGAUGGCGUCGCCUAUGUCGCUGGUCACGACGAAGAAUCUCGCCCCGUCGUGAUUUUCCGGUUUAAGCAGGAUUAUCACAAGUUCCAUUCCCAAAAACUGUUUACUCGUUUGGUAGUGUUCACGCUAGAAGUAGCCAUUGGGACCAUGCCCAAAAACGUGGACCAAAUGAUCAUACUUUUUGACGCAAGCUUUUUCAGGUCAGGAUCGGCUUUUAUGAAUUUAUUAGUGGGAAUGCUCAAAAUGGUGGCUGAAUUCUAUCCUCAACAACUUCAUUCUGCUUUUGUUAUUGAUCCUCCUUCUUUAUUCUCAUAUCUUUGGAAGGGUGUUCGAGCGUUCGUUGAAUUAUCAGCGGUGACGAUGGUGAUAUCAUCUCUAGACUUUGAGGAUUCAUUAGAGUUCAACGACUUUGCUGCCUAUCCGCGAGCCUCCUCCCUCCGAUUCGAUCAAGCAUCAAUACAAUCAACGGGAAAGAUCGGGUCAUCCGCAUCAUCACGCUUCUCCUUCACCGUAUCCCAUCAUUUUGACUCACUAAAGCCAUGGUACCUCAGUCUAACAGACACGUCAGCGUCCAAAGUAGGACCCACGAGUCCUUCACCACUGGGCCCCGCACUGAUCUCCCCACUCAACGCCCGUUCCCUGUCCUUCGCAUCUCCGGCUGCCAGGAUGCCACGUGGUGAAAUCAACGACUCAAGUAGUUUCAGCUCGAGACUGACAAGGAAAAGCCUGUUCCCGUCAACACCGCUGCCGCCGAGAAGCGCUGCCAUGGACGGUGGUGGUAAGAAGGGUAAAAUCAAAAACCCCCCAAGGACCCCACGGCCGUCGUUCCUCCAAUCGCCGGCGGUUUUCUUCCGAAGAGAGUGCCACGUCAGUAGAACGGAAAGAAACCGGGAAGCUUUCCGGUCUGUUUUGAAAUUCUACAGAAGACCCUACGAUGAAAUGGUUUACAGGUCAAAGAUGAGGCCCCCACUUGGUGGAUUAAUCUCCAUCGUCACACCACAUCUUAGACGUCGACACGUGUCAAUGUCUCAACGGUUCUGAUCCAUUACCCAAAAAGAGAAGAAAAAACAAACAAAAAGAAAAGAAAAAAUCACUAUUUUUUUUUCGCUACCUCUACCACUACACAGUAGUUGGAGUUGUCCCUAUAGACAGACAAGAAGAUACGAAAGUUUAUAACAUGAAUCAAGUGGAAAAAUGGUCAUGAGUUAGUAAAAAUAAUUGACCGAGUUGAUGGGGGUGAAUGUGUUUGAGUAAUUGAAAUGACAUAACUGAGACGGAGUUGGGGGUGGACUGAGUUUGGGAGGACCGAGAUGGGAAAGAAGAAAAAGAGCUUCGAGUUUGAGGACAAGAAGACAACGUGCUAGACGGGGUGUGAAAUGGUGUGCAAAUUGUCCUUUUAUUUUUUUGAACUUUGUGGUUCUUUAAUUUUGCAAAGUCUACGUUUUUGGGGGUUUGGAACGUUAAUAAUAAAAGAAAAAGAGAAAAGAAUAUGCAUGGGAAAUGGGUAGCGUGGUCGAACCGGUGAGAUCAGAUGUCAAGAUUGUUUGAAACCUCACAAAACAGAACACACCAAGUCUAACUAUUUAAUUUCUUGUUAAUCCAUAUUUUUUUUUAUGUAUA